CAAAAAAAAAAAAGCAAGCUGCUCUUGGUUGAGGUAAAAACAGAUAGAAGAGAUCUGUAGAUGGCUGUGACAUAACUCUUUGAAUUUGUGGGCUUUCCUGAGGGGUGUGGCUAUGGAGACUGUAAUGAUUAGUGCUUCCCCUUCAAAAUAUACCAGCGCAGCUACUUCUAAGACUGCAUUCUGAAGCCAUACCAGAGAACUAGUGCUAGUUAGUCACGUCAGCAAUACCAAAAUCCAUAUAUAAGAACUUUGGGUAUUCAAUACAGCUUGGCUUCCUUUCUUCCACGGUGAGAGAAAUGAACACUGUUUGCUUGACGAAAAGCUGCAAACAUGCCUCUGUCUGGGAGCAACAUCCGGCAACCUUCCUGCAGUAGGAAGCUGUGCAGAAACCUCUUUGGACCAGUGGAUCAUGAACAGCUCCAGAAGGACUUCCAGUCCUUAAUGAGGGUUCAGCUGGAAGAGGCCCAGCAAAAGUGGAAUUUUGACUUUGAAACAGAAACCCCACUUGAAGGGAACUACAAAUGGGAGAAGGUCUCCCAUCUCAACCUGCUCCAGUCUCAGGACCUGCUGAGCCCCACAAAGGAGAACAGUUGCGCUGGUGAAAAGAGAUCGUCCCCUGUACACCUGAAGAAGCUUGCAAAGACAGAGAGUCCGGUGCAGGUGGGCCUUGAGGCUUGCAAGACUGGUUCCCCAAGGAGCCUGAAACGAAAGCAGACAAGUAUGAAAGAUUUCUACAGCUCAAAGAGGAGAACUGUCCCAUAUAAGUCCAAGCCAUGAUAACUAUGCGGCGAGCAAGAUGCAUCCAUGUGGUCUCUUGGCUGAAGGUGCUGAGCUGUCUUCACUGCUGUUUUCUGGAACGAGGCAUAUUUGGACGUAAUCUCCAGUGAAGUCACCAGGAUGUCUGUUUCAAGGAGCACCUGUUCAGAGUUAGCAGCCCUACUCUGAAGACUCUCACAAUCCUCUUAGAUUACAUGAACUGUUUAGCGGACUAGUGUAACACUUUGGAAGGAUGUAGAAUUCUUUUCUUACUUUUCAUAUAGCACUGGAGCUUGAUGUGCAAUUGGAUAUUGUAAAGCCUUAUCAUAAAACAGAGUGCAAAGUUGAUGUGGGAGGGGAGAGACAUUAUUUAAAGGACAGUGUGAUGCAUGUAGAACAGGAGCCAUGUAAAUUCUGCUUGUGACUGAGUUUCUGUCUUGCUCUCCAGCCAUUCCCACCAUUCAUAUACCUGCCCCAGGUAGAAGCUUGUUUGCGGUAUGAAUCACUUUGAAAGGUGCAAUGCCUGUGGUAGCAAUAUUUUAGAGGAUAACUCUUUCCCAGAUCGUAUUGUGUUUUCUUGCUCUCCAAAGGUUGAAGGAAAAGACUGAGGAGCCAAUUCCUUUUCUAAAGAUUAAAAAAAGCUUGUUAUUACAGCAGGCAGAAGAUGUUUGUGUAGUCAGAGCAUCACAGAUCAAUACAUUUUAUUGCUGUGGCUGUGAGGGGGGUGGCACUUUACCAACCAACCCUGGAGAGCAUGUGAAGCUUGAUGUGGUCCCUUUCUUAGUCAACUACCCUAAAAUAUUAAGCCAGAUCACAUAGGAGACACUAGCCUGGGGAAAACAUAAUUUAUUAGCAUCUACAAUGUAGCAUAGCACAGGCAUGCUAGCAUAGUUUUACAAACACAGUCACUCAACCUUACUUCCGUACUUCAAAGCCCCCAGCACAGAAUUAUGGUAGACGAAUGGGGAAGGAGAAUAAUGCAGGGUUUGGUUGACUGUGAAUGCUAGCCAAGGUUGAUGGGACAUGCUCUUUGGCUGUCCAUUCCUUAACUUCGCUGAGGCAUAGAGUACUGGUAAUGUACAUUGUUUGACUCCUCCUUGCUUUUCCUGAGGUUGUGUGGCUGCCCCUCUUUGCCAGCAGUCCUCAAAGGAUGAUGCAUUUUGGGGCUGGAAGUUAUACUGCUGAACACUAUAGCUGUAAUUAGUGUGAGAUGAUCCAGCUGACAAGUUUUCUACUCCAAAUUUGGCACUAAUGCUUCAAUGGCUGCAGGUGUAUUUCUGUCAAGAACCUGCCUACUUGAGACUUGGUGCAGUGUUCUGAAGUGACAGCCUGCACUACUUGUGGUCUCUGGAAAACAAAUCUUUGCUUCUCUCAUUCUACUCACAGCCCUGGGCUCUUCUGCUGUCCAAAUGCUGUUAACUUUGACGUGUGCAAUCUUAUCCCUUUUGGGGAGAAGGUGAGGAGACAGAGGGAGGGUCUUGGUGGGCCAGGUAUUGUGUAAGCCUGGGAUAAGGAAAUGGGCUGGCUGAAUGAUAAAGCAGUGGAAAUUGGGAGACUAUCAGCCAUAUACUUUAAUGAAACCCGAAAGAUUGCACACUAGCCACAGAUGAGCCACACAGCCUCAGUUUAUUAACCAUGAAGGACAUGUUUGCAUGGUUUUGACUUGAGUGGCAUUGCAAGAAGUGCACUUAACAGACAGAAAAGGCCAAGAUUUUUUUGCGGAUGGAUAUUGAAUGCAUACCUAGAAGAGCGUGGUAUAAGAGCCAUUCUUCAGGCAUUUUCUGAAUCUAGUAAAGUUGCCUAUGGCCUUUUGUCUUUUUUUUUCAUGCACAGGGCAGGCUGCUUUGACCAUUGCACUUUGUCAUAUAGGGGAACAGUAGGUCUCUUUUUGAGCACUAAUCGGUUUGUUUGUGACUAUGAUGCUACUGAAUUUACUGACUAAGCCUAGGACUUAAAAUAAAGCCACUUCAUAAU